AUGGGGACCAAAUGGCACAGCCUCAAGCUGCCCUUGGCACUAGUGCUUCUGAUCCUGGAGGCUGGGUGGGCUCAAGAAGGGACAGAGCCUGUCCUGCUGGAGGGGGAGUGCCUGGUGGUCUGUGAGCCAGGCCGACCUACUGCAGGAGGACCUGGGGGAGCAGCCCUGGGAGAGGCACCCCCAGGACGAGUGGCGUUUGCUGCAGUCCGAAGCCACCACCAUGAACCAGCAGGAGAAACCGGCAACGGUACCAGUGGUGCCAUCUACUUCGACCAGGUGCUGGUGAACGAGGGUGGUGGCUUUGAUCGGACCUCGGGCUGCUUCGUGGCCCCUGUCCGUGGAGUCUACAGCUUCCGGUUCCAUGUGGUAAAGGUGUACAACCGCCAAACUGUCCAGGUGAGUCUGAUGCUGAACACAUGGCCAGUCAUCUCAGCCUUUGCAAACGACCCUGAUGUGACCCGAGAGGCGGCCACAAGCUCUGUGCUGCUUCCCCUGGACCCUGGGGACCGUGUGUCCCUGCGCCUACGUCGGGGGAAUCUUCUGGGUGGCUGGAAGUAUUCAAGCUUCUCAGGCUUCCUCAUCUUCCCCCUCUGA